AUGGAAGUUGAUCCUGUUGAGGAAAGCUCAACUAAUAACCUUGAUAAAGGAAAAGAAAAUAAUUUAAAAACUUUAACCCUUGAUUUUGAAACACCUUCAACUCAUAUUAUCAAAUUUUUCACUUUUAUUUCCUUAGAGAAAUUCCUUAAACCUAAUUCUUAA